AUGAUAAAAUUAUAUAUAAAACUUUAAUAAUUUGUUAGUAAGAGAACCUUUAAUUGUUGUUUGCAAAAAGCUAAGAUAUAUAAUCAUUAAUUUUUAAUGUUUCCUAAAUCUUGUGAUGAAUUAUUUCAAUGUCGGCUCUUUAAAAAAAAGUUUCUGGGAACUUCGACGAGAUUUUUAUAUCUUUUUUGGGAUAAAGUUGUUGUAAAUAAGGUUAGUUAAUGAUUAACUGUUUUAAUAGGACUCUAAUCGCAAGAAAGCUGAUCGUAUUUUUAAUAUAGAAAAUACUAAGAGAAUAGUAUGGAAAUAUACUACAGAAUAGCCAUUAAAGUUAAAAGGAAUCACAUUUGACAAUGGUAAUGUUGAAUAGGAGUACUUUGGAGAAGAAGAUGUACUUCGUGAAUUAAAAAAACAUAUUUCAAAGUUGUUCUUUUAGGCAAAAGUACAGGAAGAAUAUUUGGCUUUGUAAGUAAUUGGAUAAGGAAAUUACGCUUUAGUAUAAAUAAAACUCAUUUAUGUAUAGGUUCUUGAAUUAUAACAUUUACACUCUAAUCAAAAAUUUGCUUCAAAAUGCAUUGAUAAGAAAAAACUUUAAACAAUAGAAUAAGGAAUGGUAAUCUUCUUUUUUAUUUUUAAUAGGAAUCUGUAUUGAAUGAAAUAUAAAUGAUGAGAAUUUUAAGUCCUCAUGAGCAACUAAUAAAUUUGAUUGAAGUUUAUGAAGGAGAUAAUAAUAUAUAUUUAAUAAUGGAUUUAGCUUAGGGAGGAAGCUUAUAUAAGGAAAUGAAAAAUAGGUUUACUCUUUACAAUAGAAAAGAAAUUUAGAAAGUAUAUAUUAAAAUUUAAUUUAAAGAUAAUGUAUUAAAUAUUAUCUGGAUUGAAAUAUAUUCAUUCUAAAGGAAUUAUGCAUAGAGAUUUAAAACCAGAAAAUGUUCUUUUUAAAGAAAAAGGUAAUAUCGAUUCUUUAACAAUUGCUGAUUUUGGUUUAUCUGUAAAAGUUGAUUCUUAUCCAUAUCUUUAUCCUAAAUGUGGUACUCCUGGCUUUGUAGCACCUGAAGUAGUUAAUAUGAUAGAUAAAACCUAAUCUUAUACUACAGCUUGUGACAUAUUCUCUGCAGGCGUUAUUUUUCAUAUUUUACUUUUGGGAGAAGGUUUAUUUGUUGGAAAUGGACAUCAAGAGAUAUUAAAAAUGAAUAAAUAGUUUUAAGUUGAUUUUGAAAGAAAUAAAUAUUAAUAAAUAGAUUCUGAUGCCAGAGAUUUAUUGUAAACUUAUAUUACUAUAAUUAGGUUUAGAAUGAUAUCUUAAGAUCCUGAAUAAAGGUAUACAGCAACUUAAUGUCUAAUUCAUCCUUUUUUUCGAAAUGAAAAUGCUUCUUAAUUUCUAAUUAAAACAUAAGAUUCUCCAACUAAAGUUUCUUUUGAUCACUAUUUAGACACAUAUAACAGUCCUGAUCAAAAAUUAAUGAAUAAAGGUAGUAAAAACUUAUCUAUUGUUACUCGAACUCCAAUCUAUGCCCCUAAAGCUAGUACACCUGAACUACCUAAAUAAAAUUCUAUUAUGGAAGAAUUGAGUCCACUAAGUUCUUUUUCUUUAGAUUAGCAACGUAAUGAAAAAAACAAAGAAGAUUAAUUUUAAUUUCCCAUUACUAAAUGA